CAAACAAACCGCAAAACCCAUAUUUUAGGGUUAAACUAGAAACCAAAAGGCGUGAAUGAACUCAUCAGACCGCCCUCUUGAGACUCUGCCCAACACCUUUCCAGCCAUCGGUUCCACCAAUCCAAAUCUCUCUCACUCUCUCAACGGAUCUUUCAUAGGGCUUGAAUUCACCAACUGUGAAGGAUGAUGUACAAUGAUCCUCAGCAGCAGCAGCAGCCGCCGCAAAUGUAUCAGCAACACCACCCACCACCACCACCGCCACCGCAGCAACAGCAAAUGAUGCAACAUCACCAAUUUCAGCAGCAAAUGGGACCACCACCACAGAUGAUGCGUCAGCCGUCUGCCUCUUCCACAACUCUCGGUGGUUAUCAGGACUACCACCAACAACAACAUCUCCCUUUCGACGCCCAUGACAACUUUGCUGCCAAAAGGAUGCGAAAAAUUGGACAGCGCAGAGCUGUUGAUUAUACCAGCACUGUUGUAAGAUAUAUGCAGACUCGUUUAUGGCAACAAGAUUCACGUGACAGAACAAUAUUACAGCCAACACCAGCUGCAGCAAUUGAUAUGUUACCAACAGUUGCCUAUUCAGAUAAUCCAUCCACCAGCUUUGCUGCAAAGUUUGUUCAUACAUCACUAAACAAAAACCGCUGUUCAAUCAACCGUGUACUGUGGACCCCUACCGGUAGGCGUCUUAUAACUGGUUCACACAGUGGAGAAUUCACAUUAUGGAACGGUCAAUCUUUCAAUUUUGAAAUGAUUCUGCAGGCUCAUGAUCAGCCAAUCCGAUCUAUGGUAUGGAGUUACAAUGACAAUUGGAUGGUCACCGGUGAUGAUGGAGGCUCUAUAAAGUAUUGGCAAAACAACAUGAACAACGUUAAAGCCAAUAAAUCUGCACAUAAGGAAUCUGUUCGUGAUCUCAGCUUUUGUAGAACAGAUUUAAAGUUCUGUUCAUGUUCUGAUGACACAAGUGUUAAAGUUUGGGACUUUGCUCGUUGCCAGGAAGAACGUUCUUUAACCGGCCAUGGUUGGGAUGUGAAGAGUGUAGACUGGCACCCUACAAAGUCUUUGCUAGUUUCUGGUGGGAAAGACAAUCUUGUGAAGCUUUGGGAUGCUAAGUCAGGGAGAGAACUAUCUUCAUUUCAUGGGCACAAGAAUACUGUUCUUUGUGUCAAAUGGAAUCAAAAUGGUAAUUGGGUAUUAACUGCGUCUAAGGAUCAAAUUAUUAAGCUAUAUGACAUUAGGGCUAUGAAAGAACUCCAAUCUUUUCGUGGUCAUAAGAAGGAUGUCACAGCACUUGCUUGGCAUCCGUUUCAUGAGGAGUAUUUUGUUAGCGGGAGUUUUGAUGGAUCGAUCUUUCACUGGCUCGUUGGGCAUGAAACUGCACAAAUUGAAAUUCAAAAUGCACAUGAUAGUGGUGUUUGGGAUCUUGCAUGGCAUCCCAUUGGGUAUCUUCUUUGCAGUGGCAGCAGUGACAACACAACAAAGUUUUGGUGCAGAAAUAGGCCUGGCGAGCCAGCUCGUGAUAAAGUCAACACGGGUAAUAAUCAAGGAGGUUACAAUGAACAAAAUCCUGCUCUUGGUGGGCGCAUGCCUGUUAAUUUUAUGGGUGGGCCGGAGCCACCAACUACUCCUGGAGCCUUUGCUGCUGGAUUGAGUCGGAAUGAAGGUACUAUUCCCGGAAUUGGAGUUGCAAUGCCCUUGUCUUUAGAUAGUUGUACACAGGGAGGAGACCAAAAACCACCCAUAUCCUCAUCAAUGCCACCACCUUUACCGCCAGGCCCCCAUCCAUCAAUGUUUCAGCAGCAGCAAGCAGCAUAUCCACAGCAGCCACCAAAUAUGCAGCAGCAUAUGCCACUUCAUUUACCCCGUCCACCACUUCAUAACAUGCCCCCCAUGCAUGCUCAAAUGGGCACAAUGAACCAGAUGGGCCCACCACCUAUGCAGCAGCAAGGCCAUUUUAUGGGCAUGCAUUCUGGUACCCCACCAAAUAAUAACCAGAUGUAUCCUCCGUCAGGGGGUACAUUUAACCGACCACCAAUGCCAGGAUUAGGUCCUUAUCAGCCUGGGAAUAUGGGAACAGUCCCACAAAAUUUUGGUACGCCUUCGGGAAUUGCUCCACCGCUGCCUCCUGGACCCCCGCCACAUGGACAAACACCUCAGUAGGACUUUGUUGUACAUCUCAUGGUCUUUUGAUUGAAUUUUCAGUUUUUUUUUGGGUUCGUGCAACAAUGUGGUCAAGUAAUCUCAGGUUUACCAUAAGGAAAAGAUGAAGGAGAAUGGAUUGUUAUUGUUUUUAAAUUUUCAUGUUUGAAGAGUGAUUUUGACCAACGUUAAAUACUAGGUAGGAAUUAGAUGUGCACUUGGAUCAUAUUUCAAUGAAUUCUCCCAUCGUAUCUCUCA